AUGACACUAAGUAACAAAAGCCACCCAGAAGAGUUCAUCCUACUAGGCUUUGCUGACCAUUCUUGGCUGGAGCCCCCUCUAUUCAUCAUUCUUCUGAUCACAUACCCCAUGGCCAUGAUGGGAAACAUCGCAAUUAUAGUGGUAUCCAAGGCAGAUCCCCGACUCCACAUCCCCAUGUAUUUCUUCCUCACCAAUCUUUCUUUCUUGGACAUGUGUUACACCACAAGCAUUGUACCUCAGAUGCUGUUUAACCUGGGAAGCUCUAAGAAGACCAUCAGCUAUAUUGGGUGUGUAAUUCAGCUGUAUGUCUUCCAUAUAAUGGGGGGCACAGAAUGUCUGCUCCUGGCUAUCAUGUCCUUUGAUCGCUAUGUGGCCAUUUGUCGACCUCUGCACUACACCUUCAUCAUGAAUCCACGUUUCUGCAUCCUAUUAGUUUCUGUUAUGUGGCUGAUUGGCAUGCUCUUUGCUUUCUCAGAGGCCUCUCUUACACUAUGGUUGCCACUGUGUGGUAUAAAAGAGCUGGAUCACUUACUAUGUGAGAUUCCAGUCCUGAUAAAGACUGCCUGCGGUGAAAAGGAGGUUAAUGAGCUCGCACUGUCUGUGGUAUGCAUUUUUAUAUUAGCUGUUCCUUUAUGUUUAAUUUUAGCUUCUUAUGCUAGUAUUGGACGUGCUGUGCUUAAGAUUAAAUCUUCUGAAGGAAGGAAAAAGGCCUUUGGAACAUGUUCCUCUCAUCUCAUUGUAGUUUCCCUAUUUUAUGGUCCAGCCAUUAGCAUGUACAUUCAGCCCCCAUCCUCCAUCACAAGGGACCAGCCCAAGUUCAUGGCUCUCUUCUAUGCAGUGAUGACUCCUACACUCAACCCCUUCAUCUACACCCUGAGGAAUAAAGAUGUAAAGGGAGCAUUGGGCAAGCUGGUGAAGAGCAUUUUCAAUUUCAAGUGA